UAUGAAUGUCAAAAUCGCGGAAUGAAAACCGAUUUGAGGUUAGGUUCUUAGCUGUUCCGUUUUUUGACACGUAUGUCUCGUUCAUGAAGAUCUCGAAGUAAAGUUAUAAUGGGAGGGCAAAAAUUCCAAUACGAUGAGAGUGGAGGAACGUUCUUCUAUUUCCUUCUUUCGUUUUUAGCCCUUAUUUUGUUACCCGCUACAUUUUAUUACUGGCCAAGAAAAAAGAAGGAAGAUCCAGAAAAAGAGAAUAAAGAAUGUCAUUGCGAAGGUUGUACCACAAAACGAAAACAUCUAAAAGAAGCGGAACCAUGGCGCGGUCCAAAGAACUUUUUUGUUAAAUUUAUAAUCGUGUUAGGUUGGGUUUUAUUCCUUUUACUUGCUUAUAGAGUGUCUCAAUUUGAUUAUGAAAUGGCGAAUUUUGAUCCUUACGAAAUUCUUGGUGUCCCAUUGGGGUCUAGUCAAGGGGAAAUUAAAAAAGCCUAUCGGAAACUCUCCGUAAUUUUACAUCCUGAUAAAGAAACGGGUAAUGAAAAGGAAUUUAUGAAACUUACAAAAGCAUAUCAAGCCCUUACGGAUGACGAGGCACGAAAAAAUUGGGAAAAAUAUGGUAAUCCUGAUGGUCCAGGUGCAAUGAGUUUUGGAAUAGCUUUACCUUCAUGGAUUGUUGAGAAAGAAAAUAGUGUGUGGGUUUUGGGAUUAUAUGCUUUAGUGUUUAUGGUUGCCCUUCCUGUUGUUGUUGGAACUUGGUGGUAUCGAAGUAUUAAGUUUUCUGGAGAUCAAGUUUUACUUGACACAACUCAAAUGUAUUAUUAUUUCUUCCAUAAAAAUCAAACGGUUAUGUUGAAACGAGUUUUGAUGAUCCUGGCUGCUAGCUUUGAAUUCGAUAAGAGAAGUAACUCGGAGGUGGUUGAGAGACAAACAGAUAAUGAAGAGGUGCCCCAAUUAAUUAAAAAAAUUACAAAUUUAAACGAAAAAAAUAAAGAGAGACCGCUUUGUUUCCUCUACAGUAUUAAAGCUAGAGCAUUACUUCACGCGCAUUUAUCUAGAAUUCCAUUAAAUCCAAACACUUUAGAUAAAGAUCGGAGAUACAUUGUAGCUAAAUGUCCUUAUUUAAUACAAGAACAAGUUAAUUGUGUUAGUCAAAUUAUUGUUUUGGCGUAUGCAAGAAGAGUACAACAUUUACCUUCAAUCGAUUCAAUAGAAAAUUGUAUGAAACUUUGCCCAAUGAUUGUGCAAGCCCUCUGGGAAUUUAAAUCCCCGUUUUUACAAUUACCCCACAUAACAGAAGACAACCUAAAACAUUUCAUGUCAAAGAAACGCCAAAUUAAAUCACUUCAACAGUUUGCUCAGUUAAAAGGCGAAGAUCGUCGUAGUAUUUUACGAAGCCUUUCUGAAGAAGAAUACGAAAACGUUAUGAAAGUUUUAGGUCGGAUGCCUUAUAUUGAUUUUCAAGUAAAAUGUGAGGUUAUUGAUGAUGAAAAUCCUACUGAAGUAACAACCGGGGCGAUUGUAACAGUAACUGUUACGCUAAUUCGACGAGAUAUGAGUAGUUUAUUUGGAGACGAAACCGUCGAAGAUAAAAAUAUAGUGAAUGAGCCGGAAGUAGAACAACCUAAAGAAAACGGGGAUAUUGAGCCGGAAGUUCUGAUGGUGAAACGACCCGCGUGGCAAAGACAAAAAAAAGCUACUAAUAAAAAGGGUAAUAAAAAAACUAAGCAGCAACAAAAACCAGUUGGUAAACAUUCCAAACCGGAAGAAUCGCCUGUUGCUCCAACGAAAACGAAACUGGUUAAAGAAGAGAAAAAAGAAGAAGACGAUGAUUCUAAUUCGGAUUCAGACGCUACAGGUGAUAAUAAUGAUCGAUCUUCUGAGGAAGAAGUUAAAAGUUCAAGCGUUGAAGAUGAUGAUCAAGAGUGGGAAAAAUUCCAAGAAAAACUUCACAAACGUGAAAAAGUUCUUGAAGGUCGUUCAAAAAUUUCUCACGCAGUUCACUGCCCAUAUUAUCCUCAAGAUAAACAAGAAUAUUGGUGGACGUACGUUUGUGAUCGUAAAUCAAAGACAUUAUUGACAUCACCUUAUCAUGUAACAAGUUUAGUCGAUCGGGAAGAAUGUCAACUAAAGUUUACAGCUCCUAUAUGGAAAGGAACUUAUACCUUUACAGUUUGUUUACGUUCAGAUUCUUACAUAGGUUUUGAUCAACAAAAAGAUAUAAAGUUGGACGUGAAAGAAUCACCAAAACAAGUUGUUGAACCGGAAGAAUCGGACGAAGAGAGUCAGGCUGAAGAUAAUCCUCACGAAUCGGAUUACACAACUGAUGAGGAUUUACCUGAUGAUGACUGAGAUACGGGUUAAUUACUUCAAUUUAACUGUUUUUUUUUUGUUGGUGGGGUUUAUGGAUGAAUUGCAAGUAAAGUGAUUCAUUUCAUGUUGUUCCAUGUUUCUUUUUAAUUAAUUUUUUUUUAAUUGGUGCCUCCAUAUCAAGGCGUGUUUAAAUGAGGUUGAUUCAAUACUUUUCUUUUUUUUUUGGUCUCUUUAUACAAAUUGAAGUCGGUAAUUUAUAUUUUAUGUAGAUUAGUUGAAGUAUAUAUAUUUAUAACAAAAUAUACAUAAGAAAUUA